AUGCUAUCCUGGGUCUACCCUCUCCGAAUCGUCCAAGCACUCUUCGCCUUGGCAACCAUCGGCUUAAGCGCAUAUGUCAUCGGCACUCUCUACGAUUCAUGGUCCUUCUCCAACCUGAACUACUUUUUGCUCUUCAACGGCUGCUGGACCACCGUCGUCGCAGUCCCCUACCUCGGCCUCGCCCCACUCUGGUUCUCGCGCAUCUCUCAUGAACUCGUCAUUCCCUUCGUCGAAGUUGUUACCAUGCUGCUCUGGCUCAGCGGCUGGAUUGCCCUUUCGGCCAUGAUCCCCAAGCCCGGCGCCUGCAACUACCCCAGCUGCCACGGGCUGCAGGCACUGAUCGUUGUCGCAGCGGUUGAGUGGGCUCUUUUCGUCUUCACCAACUACUUCGCCCUUGUGGAUCUUAAGAACUCCCGACAGAACCACAAGAACCACCAUGCGCAGGACCAGCAACAGCAGCCUCCCGUCUCGGAGGUGACUGGUGCAUCGGAGGAAGUCUAA